UCCCCGCCGUCCUGUGGGUGCAGCCGGGCGAAGCAUGGCGGCGGUGGAGAGCAGAGUGUGUGAGACCGAGGACUGCGCCAGCGAGGCCAAGCUGCAGUGCCCAACAUGCAUCAAGCUGGGCAUCCAGGGCUCCUACUUCUGCUCCCAGGAAUGUUUCAAGGGAAGUUGGGCAACCCACAAGCUGCUCCACAAGAAAGCAAAAGAUGACAAGGGCAAACGUGAAGUUUCACCAUGGACAGCGGAGGAAGAAAUAAACACAGAUCCUUGGCCAGGUUACCGGUAUACUGGAAAACUGAGACCACAUUAUCCAUUGAUGCCAAUGAGGCCAGUUCCAAGCUAUAUCCAGAGACCAGAUUAUGCUGAUCAUCCUUUAGGAACAUCUGAGUCUGAGCAAGCCUUGAAAGGUACCUCGCAAAUAAAAGUCCUCUGCCCAGAAGACAUAGAAGGGAUGCGAGUUGUGUGCAGGCUUGCUAGAGAGGUCUUGGAAGUGGCUGCAAUGAUGAUUAGACCUGGUGUUACUACUGAAGAGAUAGACCAUGCAGUACAUUUGGCAUGUAUUUCAAGAAACCUCUACCCAUCCCCUUUAAACUAUUACAACUUUCCAAAGUCUUGCUGCACAUCUGUGAAUGAAGUUAUCUGCCAUGGAAUUCCAGACAGGAGGCCUUUGCAAGAUGGUGAUAUUGUGAAUGUGGAUAUUACGGUAUAUCGCAAUGGGUACCACGGAGACCUCAAUGAAACCUUUUAUGUUGGGGAUGUUGAGGAAGGAGCCAAAAAGCUUGUUCAGACGACUUAUGAAUGUCUAAUGCAAGCGAUCGAUGAAGUAAAACCUGGUGUCCGGUACAGAGAGCUGGGGAACAUAAUCCAAAAGCACGCGCAGGCAAAUGGUUUCUCUGUUGUUCGAAGCUAUUGUGGGCACGGUAUUCACAAACUUUUCCACACUGCUCCAAAUGUACCACAUUACGCCAAAAACAAGGCUGUCGGUGUGAUGAAACCUGGCCAUGUGUUUACAAUUGAGCCAAUGAUCUGUGAAGGAGGAUGGCAAGAUGAGACAUGGCCCGAUGGGUGGACUGCGGUGACGAGAGAUGGGAAGCGUUCAGCACAGUUUGAACACACCCUUUUAGUGACGGAGACAGGCUGUGAGAUUCUUACACGGAGACUGGAAGAAAAUGGGCGCCCCCAUUUUUUUAUGUAGCCUGUGAGCGCAUCUGAAUGGUGGUCUCUCCUGCUUCAUACGACGCAUCAGGCUUUUUCACAAGAAAAAUUCCUUGAAUGGAAGUGGGAUUUUAUCGCAUAUCAUACACUGCUCUCAAUGACGAAAGAGGGAAACAACAUUUAGGCUAAUUUAAUUGCAUAUUGAAGAACCUACAGGAGUUGUGAGAUAGAAAAACCAGGCCUUUAUCCGUUAAAAUGCAGUUCUCUGCUUUGCCACAUUCGCAUUUUUCUUUUUGUUUGUACUUUCUGUAGUUGUCCUUUCUAUGUAGUGUCCUUCAUCACGUGUCAUUUGCUUUUUUUUCUCAU